AUGGAUCCCGCCGUCAGCCCUGUGGCGGAGCCUCCUGCAACCCAUGACGAUCCGAAGCCCGACGUGAAGGCCAGCGAUGCCAGCGAGAAGGGGGCCGCUGCUGUCGAGACCGAUCUGGCCGUGGUGUUGAAGGAUGGCCUGACCCUCCACCCCCAGCCGACCUCAGACCCCCUUGACCCCCUGAACUGGACCAAGGCUAAGAAGAACACCGUCCUUGCCAUUGUCAUGGCCCUCUAUUUCUUGUUCACCUACCUGACAACAACUACGGUUCCCUCGUUUGCCCUCGUCAUGGAGCAAUACGGCAUCUCGCUCGACCAGAUGAACUGGACAGUGGCAAUCCCGGCAUUGGGCCUUGCAGUCGGCCCGCUCAUAUGGUCCUCGCUGGCCGACAUCUAUGGCCGACGCACCAUCUUCCUCGUUGGUACAACCAUGGCCUUUGCAUCCACCAUUGGCGCCGCAAAGGCGCCCGACUACAGUGGAUACAUGGCUGCACGCUUCUUCCAGGGACUUGGCGUUUCUCCUGCCUCGACCGUCGGCCUGGCCAUCAUCAACGACAUGUUCUACGAGUAUGAACGCGGCCAGAAGGUGGGCCUUUGGGUGCUGGCCCUCGACCAGGGUCUCCUCUUCGGCCCGCUCAUUGGUGGCUUCAUGAACAUGGUGAACCAGUACUGGGUCAACUGGCUCAAUGCCAUCCUCUUCGGCAUCGUCCUCGUUGCCGAAAUCUUUUUCCUGCCCGAGACGCUGUAUCCGAGAAACCAGAUGUUGGCCAAGAUGCCGUACUGUGAGAGCGACUCGGCCGUGGUCGACCUGGAGAAGACUGAGCGCAGACCGAGCAUCGCCCAGGACAUUGCCUUGAAGCGCACGCUGCAGCUGCCAUUCGUGAAUGUCCAGCCGGUUCCUGGCAUGCGUCACCCCAAGGUAUGGGACUCGCUCGUUCGCUUCAUCUGCACCUGGAAGUAUGCCGCCGUGUCGGGAACCAUUUGCAUCUACUCGUUCGGCUGGUACUGGUGGAUCCUGUCCGUCAUCACCUACAUCCCGAGCGCGUACGCACAGUAUCAGCCGCAGAUCCAGGGACUCCUGUUCAUCGGCCUGAUCCUCGGCACGCUGUUUGCCGAGGUUUUCUGUUCGGGUACCCUGUCCGACUGGCUUGUGAAAAAGCUGGCCAAGAAAAACGGCGGCGUCAAGGUGGCCGAGAUGAGACUCUGGCUUGCGUAUCCUGCCAGCCUCGUCACUGCCCUCGGGCUGAUCAUAUGGGGCAUUUCCAUCGAUAAGCAGUACCACUGGAUUGUCGGCCAGAUUGCCUUUUUCCUCUUUGCGGCCGGGAUCCAGAUGGCCAACACGGUCAUGGCGGCGUACGUUGUCGACUGCUACCCGCUCCAGUCGAUGAGCGUCAUCACCUUCUACGCCGUGGUCCUGAACUUUAGCGCAUUCGUGAACCCUUUCUUCAUCGUGCCGUGGGUGGAAGCGAGCGGAUACACUUGGACAUUUGCGGCGCAGGGAAUCGUCACCUUCUUCUUCUGUGUGCCGGCCUUGGGUCUGAUGCACUAUUUCGGACCUGCGAUAAGGGCGAAGACAGGGCAGCCUGGCUGGGUCAAUCCCGAAUACGACACGCUCCUCUAG